UAUAUAUUUAUUUUAAAAAAAGACCAAACCCCACAACAUUUGUCGCUCUCUUCCUCGUUUCCUUUCCUCUUCUUUCUUCAUUCCUUUCUUCCAUUUUCACGGCUGUAAUGGCGAAGUCGUCGACCCCCACGACGACGUCGCUUUCGACCGUUAAACCCAAGGAUUAUGCUCAUAGUCCUGUCCAUUACGCCGUCGCUCUUGCGGAUCAUUCUGCUCUUUCUCGUAUCGUUUCCACUCUUCCUCGUCUUUCCGAUCCUGCUCUUAUUCACACCGAGGCUGAUUCUCUCGCUCAGGAGCGCAUCGCUGACAAGAUCUCUGCCGUCCUUGACCGCCGCGAUGUGCCCUACCGUGAAACUCCUCUCCAUCUCGCUGUUAGGCUUAAGGAUGCUUUUGCGGCGCGCACUCUUUCCUCUGCUGGUGCUGAUAUUUCCCUCCAGAAUUCUGCCGGAUGGAACCCUCUGCAGGAGGCUAUGUGUCGCCGGAGUUCCGACAUUGCGCUCAUUCUCCUCCAGGUCCACCACCGUGCUGCUUGGUCCAAGUGGCGCCGACGAUUGCCGCGCGUCAUUGCUGUUCUUCGUCGAAUGCGAGAUUUCUAUAUGGAAAUUUCGUUCCACUUUGAGAGCUCUGUAAUUCCGUUUGUUGGGAAAAUUGCACCGUCGGAUACGUACAGAAUCUGGAAGCGCGAUGGUAAUCUCCGAGCCGAUACGUCUUUGGCUGGAUUUGAUGGCUUGAAGAUCCAGCGCGCGGAUCAGAGUUUUCUCUUUCUCGGCGACGGCGAGCACUGCCACGACAUUCCCUCCGGUUCACUGCUAGUGAUCAACCGCGACGAUCGCAAAAUCUUCGACGCCUUCGAGAACGCGGGAGCUCCGAUGAGUGAGUCCGACAUUGCUGGAUUCUGCUCUCAGACGAGUGUGUACCGGCCUGGAAUGGACGUCACGAAAGCAGAACUCAUUGGAAGAACCAACUGGAGAAGACAAGAGAAAACCGAAAGCGUCGGAGAAUGGAAAGCGAAAGUUUACGAAGUACAUAACGUACUGUUCAGCUUCCGAUCGCGAAAGGUAGCUGGCGGCGAAGGUGACGUGGCGGGUAGUGAGCAGGUCCUCCCGCUGGAACUCGACGAAGACGACGAUGGGUUCUUAGUAGCCGAGAACCCCAGUUUCGGGCUGCCGGAUAGGAAUAGCACCGACCGGCGAAGACACAGUAGCUUUGUUCGGGAAGAGAGGGAAUGGGUAAUGAUGCCGAGAAAAAGCGUGGAUAUACCGUCCGCGACAGCGCCACCGCCGAGGAAGGCCGUGAGGCCAAAUUUUACGGCGGUUCCAGUUGAGCCGCCGCAGACGAAGGAAAAGGAGUACGUGAGGAGCUUACGUCCAUCGGUGUGGUUAACGGAGCAGUUCCCGUUAAAGACGGAGGAGCUUCUUCCUUUACUCGACAUUUUGGCGAACAAAGUGAAGGCAGUGAGAAGAAUGAGGGAGCUGCUCACCACCAAGUUCCCGCCGGGAACUUUCCCGGUCAAGGUGGCUAUUCCAGUGGUGCCGACUGUGAGAGUGGUGAUAACCUUCACCAAAUUUGUAGAACUUCCACCGGCGGAACAAUUCUACACACCGUUUUCAAGCCCGAGGCAGUUGGCCAACAGCGGAGGAGAAGACCCAUCUGAAUCCUCCCACUGUUCGUCUUUACCGUCUUGUUCUUCUUCCUCUUCCUCUUCAUCGUCAUCUACGUGGCUGAGGCGAAGCAGCAGCCACUCAGUUGCUGGAUCGACGGCAAAGCAAAACCGACGGUGCUCGUGGUUGGCGGGUCAAGAUGAAGUAGACCCAUUUGCGAUUCCGAGUGGUUAUACAUGGGCGAGGUCCGAUGACAAAUCAAGCAAAAUGAAAAGGUCAAAAUCCACCAGGAAAUCCAAAUGAUUGUACUGCUGGGGGAGAUGAUGAUGAUGAUGAAUGAUGAAUGAUGAGAAAUGAAAUGGGAAUUAAUUUAAAUUAGUUGUAUGAAUUUGGUUGUGGUUUUCAUUUUACAGUAUACGUUGUAGAUAACCGUCUAAUUAUAACUCAUCCUUUCAGAAUGUUGGUGGUCUAGACAAUUUUUUUUUUUUAUUCUGGUCAACAAUCCUAGCCAACUUCAAAGAAAUAGUUGCUGACAGUUUUGUUUUUCCUUUUGUCGGAAUUUUGAUCUUUGCCCACUGAGUUCAACAUUCUUCCCCCCGAUUCUUAUAAUUUGAAUCUUUUAUUUCUUUUCCUUUUUGGACCAUCUCCUAUUCCGAUGCCCCACGGCCGGCCCCUCUAAUCUUGAUGAACUUGUGAAUGAACAGUUAAAAGCCUAAUCAUGUACUUUAUGAUCUAAGUUAAUGGGUUGGGGGGGGGGGGAAUACAUGUGAUUCUUGAAUAAUUGAUGGAUUUGAUUAGAAGUUUGAGUUUGAACCCAGGUGGUUAUAUCAGUAGACAUCUGGUCCAGGUUUACGGGCCUUGUGAGAAUAAGAUGCCUUGUGAUUACGAGGAGGAUUAAAGAUGUGUAUAUAUAUAUAUUUUAUUAGAAAGAAAAAGAUGCCCAAAAGACAUAGUUUGCUUCGUUAGAUGGAAACCAGGAGUUGGCAAGCUCUUUAAAAAAGUAAUAUUGCAGUGGGAGUAAAAGACAGCCCAUCCACCUAUGGCCCUGCGUUCUGCUGCUGCUGCUUCCUAAAGGAGUUUCUGCCAAUUAUUUUCUAAUCUUCCUCGAAUUCCUUCACUAAGUUUCUGUAGUUCUUCAUCGGUUUGGAUCCCCAGAAACCAUGGCUGCAGAAGCACCAAGCUGGGCAGACCAAUGGGGAGCUGGAGGCAUAGGCGCCAUGGAAGAAGACGACGGCAGUAAAGCCAAAGGGGGCCAGGGCUCGGACAAGAAGGCUGGUUCUAAGGCUGGAAUAGCAAAAGCCAUGGCGGCGACCGUGGCUGGUGCCAAAAAGAUAGGAAGUGGAAUAUCUAACGGCAUCAAGUGGAUCAUUAACCCUCGCAAGAAAAGCUCCAAGUAAAUUAGGUAGAUUUGUCACAACAUCCCUGGCACCAAAAUAACAGAGAGGGAGAGAGAAAUCUACUCUCAUCAGCAAAAGAUUGAAACUUUUCAUGAUUCUGGUAUUUGUGUUUGCAUAUUGGCAAACAUGGUAUGUUAAAGAGUUCUAAGACUUGUUUCGGCUGAGAUAUUCAGUAUUCUAUAGAUAUCAGAUCAAGUAGUAGUAGUUUCAGGCGUGUGUCUAUAGUGAUAUAAUUUCAUCAUGUCAUAUUAGACUCA